GGCAGCAUAUGUAACCUCAACAUUUGUACCCCCGUCACAUGCUAAAAUAAGAAAAAGAAGAAGAUAAAAUUGCAAUUGGUUCUGUGCAAAAACUGAGUCUAGGCUGGGGCUGGGGCUGGUGGGGGUGAUGUUGCCUGUGUGGGAGAAGAUACGGCCUUUCCAGCACAAUCCACCCCUGGGCCACCUUCUUGGCAGCACGGCUUCUGGAGCCUGGCCCUCAGCUGGUGGACUGCAGGCCAGUGGCAGCUCAGUGGGGCUUGGUGGGGGAGCACCCUCCCUCGCUAGGGUGCUCUCUUCCCUCCAGCCUCGGCCCUCUGGGAGCAGAGCUGAGCUUCUACUCUUUGUUGCAAACAGUGGUGAAAACUCAGCCAGGCUCCGGUGGCCCUUGGCAUUGGCUGACAGCAGGCCAAGCUCUUCUCAGGGUUCACGUCCUCCUAGCAGUGCCCCCUGGCUGUCUCUCCUGGGCCCUCUCAGCAUGCUCCAGUCUCAAGUCCCCCAGCGAUGGACCUCCCACUCCUAUUUCUGAAAGCCCUUAGACAGCUGCUGCCCAGAGAAGAAACUCCCCUUCCUCUCCCCUUCUUGUUCCAGCUGCCAACCUGCAUGAUUCAUUCCUCUCUCCCUGCCACAUCAAAGGCAGUCAGGCCAUUGCUUGUACCUAAGCAAAUAUUUAUGUGUUCUGCAUUUGUAGCAAGUGAGCAUCCUCUCUCUGUCUGGGUUGUUCUUGUCAGUCCUCACGGCAAGCAGGGCCACUCUGCGGGUUCUCUAAGUACAAAGCAGGAAAGUUUUAAAGUACUGACUGUGGCCAGAUUUAUUCUGAUCCUUUCAUCAUUACAACGAAGGCAACUUUAAAACACACAAUCUAAACCCCACCCAUCUCUGUGGAUCCAAGAGCCUAAAAAAAAAAAAUAAAUAAAAUAAAUAAAAAAAUAAAAUAAAAUAAAAUAAACCCCACCCAUGGAGGAAACAUCCUGAUAGUGUGGAUUGCCUGGCACAGGCUUGGGCUGCCUGGACAGAUCCUUCCCUGUCGGCUCCUGGAGCCCCUUGUCCCUGUAACUUAGCGCAGACCCAGCUGGACAUUUAAGCUAAAGAAGGCAGGCAGGUAGCCCUGGCGGCCGGCCACAGCCGGGAUGGUGGGGGAGCCCUGGCAGAUCUGACAGCGAGUGGACUCCAGGCAGGCUGCUGCUGGGCGGUGAGACCUGAAGCUACCGAGAAGGCUCCCCCGAAGCUUCUCCACCUGGCCUGGCGCCCUGGAAUAUCUCCUUCUCUCAGGCGUUGUGGUGUCAGAAGAGCCACCACUGCACGUUGUAGCUUUUGCUGUCAAUCUUACAGUUUUCUGUUUCCAGAAAUUCCUGCACCACAAAGAGCAGCCCAAAAAUAAAAUAGGCAGGUGGGAAUAUAGGUACGUUACCAGGCUACAAGAAAGGCAAAAGGAAAUUAAAAGGGCAAGGAGAAUCAUGGGCGAAGAGAGCUCUCAGCACUUUGCAGGCGGGUGAGUGGACAAGACAGUGCUUCCCCGCCAAAGCCAGCUGCCUCCUGCCUGUUCUCUGCCUGCCCCCCCAUCCACCAGGCUUAAGGCACGGAAGUCGGCACUUGCAGUACACUUCUAAGCCUAUAAAAACUGAUGGCAUUCAUCUGUUCAUUCUUCAUUAAGAAUCAAAGGUGUUGAAGGCCCAUAUUUGAAACUUGGAAUGCAAAUCGCUGGCUGUAAUUUUCGACUCUUUGCUAAUCACCUUUGUUUAUCUCACCUUCUUUAUUAGGGUCAAUGCAUGAAGUCGCAUGAACUUCCAGGAAGGGAGAAAUGUUAAGAGACUAAUUAACACUGUAGCUGAUGGUUAUUUUCUAUGAGUCAUUUUUAUUCAUCAGCAUACUUAAGAACUUUAAGAAUGAAUGAAGGAUGCUAAUGUUGGUUACGUACUAGGAUCUAGAUGCUUGUGUAGUUGUUCCUCAGUAUCCAUAGGGGGUUGAUUCCAGGACCCCCAGGGAUACCAAAAUCCAUGGAUGCUCAAGUCCCUUAUAUAAAAUGGCAUAGUGUUUGCAUAUAACCUACACACAUCCUCUAUGUACUUUAAAUCAUCUCUAGGUUAUUUAUAAUAUCUAAUACAAUGUGAAUGUUAUAUAAGUAGUUGUUGUUAUGUUAUUUUUUAGUGUUUUUUGCAUAUUUUCAACCUGAGGUUGGUUGAAUCGAAGAUGCAGACCCGCAGACAGGGAGGGCUAACAGUGUGACUACACAGAGUGAAAAUUACAGAGAAUGAGGGAAGGUGUCAAUGCUUUAAACUUAACAUCGGAAUGUUAACUCCAAUUGUUAAACAAUCGUCCAUUGCAAUGAUACAUUUUCACUUAUCACUGUUUGUCUCUUGUGAUAAAACCAUUUUUUCUCAAGCCAAACAAGUGCUUCAAAUAGGAAACUGUCUACCAAAGCAUUACAGCUCAAAGAGCAGAAUUCAGUAGUUUGUAAAUGCUUUGAUGAUAACUACAGGCCAGGAGACAAACCAUUGCCUACCUGGAGAGGUUUGCAUUACCUGUGGGUUUCCUUUCUUAUCCUUAGUAGUACCACUUAGCAAAAGUCUCUCUCAAUCAGACACGAUGGUGGAAUCCAGAACCCAGUGUCCGUUCAGGCUGAGCACGCCAGCACUUGGUGCUCACCAGGGCAAAGACUGCUGGAAACCAGGUGGAUUCAGGUUCUCUCUACACCCUGCCUCCUUUCUCUAGCGCCCUGUAGCCCGAGGAAGAGGAUGGAGGGGGGCCCUGGCUCUCCCAGGUUACAUGUGUCCAUUUUAGCAAUUCUCUCCCCUCCCAAGAGGCUCACUGGAGCUGGGCCUUUGGGAUCCCACAGCUGAGGCUCACAUUGGGUUGAGGUCGAGUGACCUGUGGGGCCUUACAGUUAUAGACUCCACCCACACAUAUGUAGAGGGCCAGAGGUGCAGCCUGGGAAACUGCAUUUUAAAAGUUCUUCCCAGGAGAUUCUGAUAAACCAGCAAUUCAACCCCUCGAUGCCCUAGGAAGCCCUGCAGGUAGCUGUUGUAAGGGAGCGACCUGGACACACCCCUGGUCGCCUGGCCUAGCUGCGCCCCCACGCUGCAGCUGCCCUGGGCAGUCCGCCGCACCAGGGCUAGAGGAGCACUCCAUGCCCCUGUGGGAGCCCUCCUGCCUUCCUGCUGCCCUCUCCCUUGGCACCCACCUCUCUAUCCUCUUAACAGUCCCCUGCAAGGGGGAAGGGGAACACUCCAGAAUGCUCCCUCUCCUGCCCUGGUCGUGCAGCAGGUCUUGCUCCCUCGCCCUUUCUGGAAACAGGAACUGCUACCCCUCUUCCCUUGUCUUCUCUUUGCCUUGAGCUGUUCACUGCUCCUUCAUCGUGAAAAACACCUCACUUGGCCCCAGGGCCCUUCCUGCACCCCCAGGCCCUCCUCUCCUUUUCCUCCUUCAGCUUCUUCGCCAUCUCUUUAAAGAUGGUUGCAUUUCCAUUUUCCGUUCACCUGACACUGGUCUCCAGCCUCCCUGACCUCUCAUCCCUCCAGUUCCCUGUCUUUUGCUAUCAACAUUUGAAUGCCCUAUGGACACUCAAAAUCAAGUGGAUAUGAAGUCAAAUUUAUUGUAUCUCACUCAAACCUCCAUAUUUCUGAUUUCCCCCCGACCUCAACUAUAGAUUCGUUUACUCUUGAAGGUAUUUUAGCCAAGCCCAUGCCCCUUACAGGUGGGGACACUGAGGCCCAGAGAGGGGAAGUGACCUGCCAAGGAAAACUAAUUUCUCAGGAAGAGAGGGGGGGAGCCCAGGCCACCACCUCUUAGACCUAGUGGCAUUAAGCUGUUAGGGCUCCGGCCCCUGGGCUAUGGGACACGCUCAUCUUAUGUGUUUUGCUUCCAUUUGUUUGUGUCCAGCCUCACCAUGAGAGCAAAGCUCCAGAGGGCAGCACCUGUCUCCUUUCCUCGGAAAUGCCCUCGGUAUAGAAUGCAUCAAAGGACUUUAGUCAAAGCUGAGAAGGGGACAAAGGGAAGGACAUGGGGAUGUUAGAGUCUCAAAAGGGCAAAUAGUAUUUCUUGCCAAUCACAAUUCCAAAGAGUACCUUGUUUUUUGGUCAAGCAUCCGAGCCGUUUAUUUAUAGGCCCUUGUUCAUCAGCACGUCCCAUUUUCUCUUUAUGGGACCUUGACACAUGAUACUGGUGAGAUCACAAAGCUCUUCCCAUCCCAGUCAGCUGGGGUCUCUGGAUUAUGCCAGUUUUUAAUGAAAUCUUCAACUGCUUCAUUCUAGAUAUUUGUAAAGUUGUAAUUCAUUAAAAGAAAACUGAAGACUCUGUCUUCUCUUAGGGGAAAAAAUGGGACUAAAAUCCAGAAGUUCAAGAACAGCGAACAACAUCAGAGCAGGCAAACAGAAAUUCAGGGCACAUCUAUUUAACAGUAAAGACACUAUUAUUACCAUUUAUUGAGUAUAUACAAUGCAUAAGACAUGGUGCUUGGUUUCCUUAUCUGUAUUACCUAAUCGACUGCUCACAUUCCCAUGAGGUAGGUGACCUCACCACCACUAUCUUUCAGAUGAGAAAACUGAGGCUUCAAGAGAUCGAUGUCUUGCCCAAGACCACAUGGCUGACGUCUGGGUUUCAGCUGUGAGGACUGACUCGGAGACCACCUGCUCAGAAACAACGUUGGGUCUUCUCCCUGGGGACACUGGCUUCUCUCUGGGGGAGAGGUGGUUAGAGGAGAACCCUCCAAGCAAGAUGACUAGCACUGUCAUCAUUGUGAUGGACCUUGAUUAAAAUAAGAAUGGAAAAGCAGUGUACAAACUGGUAAGCUCUAUGCACAUACCAGAUGUUAAGAACUGUCAACAAGUUAACCCUCUUCCGCUUUUAUAAAAAUUCCCUUAUGUUACUGACAUCUCAGUGGGCACUUUUCCUCCACAAAUAAGCUAUAGAGCUGGAUUGGAACUCACAAUAGCAGUUUUCUUCCUAUCAGCCCUGCUUCCCUCAGCUUUUAGAGUUCCCCUGAUCAGACAUCUUGGUUAUUGUGAGUUCAUGGCAGCAAUCUAGUGAUGGUGUCUGGAUAUUUGGGUCAUAUUCUAUGGGUUUUUGAAAGCCCUUUUUCUUAUAAAAACAGUGAUUUCUAUGUCGCAUCCAGAGAACUAGCAGAGAAUAAACACUGAGUAACACGAUAACAUGGGCAACAGGAGUGUCUGAAAAUGGCUUUGCCUCUCUGCCUUGUUCUGGGCUUUGAAGGCUCAGUGGACUGGUUCCCCCCAAGGAAUUUUCUGUGCAUCCCAAAUAAACCCUGUGAAACAGUCUAGCAUGGAGCAGAGGACUGCCCUGUAACGGGGAUGCUUUGCUCAGGCACACGGCAGCAGCUGGGCCACAGCCCCGCCUGAGGCUCUUCCUCCUGGCACUGGGGACGCUGAGAAGGAGCAGCUGACCUAAGAACACAUGGCCUGAGGACCGGUGGUCAGCCUGCAUGUACACUGGCAGGAAAGCCACUGAGCUCUCUGACUAGUCCAAUAGGGUUUUUGCUAGACUUUCUGGCUGGUAAGCGGCCUCUUGCUGUGGCUGGCUGGUGGCCGUCAAGGGCAUGAUCUUUGGGGGGGACAAUGUCUCCAAUAAACAGAGCAGGAAUCAUUAAAUAUUACCAUAAAGCCAACUGUUCUCCCUUUCCUUUCUCUUCUCUUCCUGUCUUUCCUUCCUUCCUUCCUUUUCUUUUUAAUCACAAAUGCCAAGUUGGGAUAUGUUUUACUUAAGAGAGAAGGUAAGAGGCCCUACCCAGCAGUCACAGACAAAACAUGGGUGAGAUCUGCCCACAUUCCCAUUAGUGCUGGCCUCCGGAGCCUGAGGUAGAUUCCCUGGCAGUUCAGUGACUCACGCAAUGGGACGCUCACCACUUCCCUCCGGAAUCUGGCCCACGUCUCUGCCAUCUCCUCAUUCAAAUGUUUUUCCAGCUACUCAGCCACAAGCUCCUUUCCUGGUGGCACUGCAGCUUCCUGGGGGCACUGCACAUUCCAAAAUGUGCCACACAUUUUGACUCAUCUUGGACAGAGAUGGUGGGAGGUAGGGGACUUGCAGGACAUUCAGCUGGGAAUGCUGUCAUCUGCCACCUGCUGUCCUGGCUUGUCAGCUUGGGGCCAAGCAAAGUUGCCCCUUGUUGCUCUUCCAAUUAGAGGUUUGCCUUCCCACACCCCAUUCUUUAGACUGUCAACUUCUUGGGGUAGGAACUGGUGUCAGUCAUCUCUGAGCACCUAGAGCUCAACAAACACGUUUAUGAAGCAAACCCCCAGAUUCUCCCAAGUUGCAUUCUGAACGAUCAGGGUCUCCUGAACAGGCUUUCCCUUAGUCUCCCACAAUGGAGGGACCCUGGCCCCAGAACUGAUGCUUUAUUCUAAGGAAGAGAGGAACUGAGCCUAUCUGUAAUUUGACAAUGUGGAUUCAAGGCUUUUAUGCCUGCUUUAGACAAGCUUUCCUCCUUGUCCCCAAAGAUAAAGCCUUGAACUAGCUCCCCUUGGUGAAGGCAGGUCCCCCUUCCCCCAACAAUUGUAGGCCAUUUAUUUAUGCUUGCUGGACCUGGUCUCAUAAGCCCCAUUCACUCCGAGGUGAGAAAAGUCACAGUGCAGCCGGAGCCAGCACAAUUACAAGGAAGCCUUCCCCUAAUUAGUGGCCUAUUCGCUAAAACAGCUCUUGCUCUCCUUAUUGUAAAGUCCAGAGGACAGUAGCUUCUUAUUGCCUAACCAAUAUGGUGGGUUCCCGGUCCCACCUAUGCCCUGUCCCUCCCUGCUGCCCCUGCCCCACUGAAAGGGGAGGCUGUCACCUUGUUUAGUUACUAAUUAAGAAAAGGCAAAGACUUUGAUUGUCACUAUUGUUUUUGCCCCUUCGCUGUACUGCAUUCAAAGGCAAUUUCUUUAGCAGAGUGGCCUCCUACUCCUUCAGGAAAGAGACUGGGCUUUUCAGAAUGUGAAAGAAAGCAACUGGAGGGCAUGCCGGCCCUGCCUCUAGGGCCGAGGGGCCAGCACUGGAGCGCGGCCCCUCCCGCGCGGACGCGGCGGCUCCUCUCACCGGCCUGGGCGCCCCGCACAGCUCGCCACGAGGCAACCCCUAACAGGACUUGGGCCCUCAAAGCAAUGUUUAAAACUUCGGCUUGACCUUUUCAGGGAGCCCGAUUCUGGAAGCUGCUAGUCCCAGGGCACUGGGGAGGGCUGAGGCCGACCAUGCCCAGCCUGCUGCUGCUGUUCACGGCUGCUCUGCUCUCUGGCUGGGCUCAGCUUCUGACAGAGGCCAGCUCCUGGUGGUCAUUAGCUAUGAACCCGGUGCAGAGACCUGACAUGUUUAUCAUCGGUGCCCAGCCCGUGUGCAGUCAGCUUCCUGGGCUCUCCCCUGGUCAGAGAAAGCUGUGCCAGUUGUACCAGGAGCACAUGGCCUACAUAGGGGAGGGGGCCAAGACGGGCAUCAAGGAGUGCCAGUACCAGUUUCGGCAGAGGCGGUGGAACUGCAGCACCGUGGACAACACAUCUGUCUUUGGCAGAGUCAUGCAGAUAGGCAGCCGCGAGACGGCCUUCACCUACGCCGUGAGCGCCGCGGGCGUGGUCAACGCCAUCAGCCGCGCGUGCCGCGAGGGCGAGCUGUCCACCUGCGGCUGCAGCCGCGCCGCGCGGCCCCAGGACCUGCCCCGGGACUGGCUGUGGGGCGGCUGCGGGGACAAUGUGGAGUACGGCUACCGCUUCGCCAAGGAGUUUGUGGAUGCCCGGGAGCGGGAGAAGAACUUUGCCAAGGGAUCGGAGGAGCAGGGCAGAGUGCUCAUGAACCUGCAGAACAACGAGGCCGGUCGAAGGGCUGUGUAUAAGAUGGCAGACGUGGCCUGCAAGUGCCACGGCGUCUCAGGCUCCUGCAGCCUCAAGACCUGCUGGCUCCAGCUGGCUGAGUUCCGCAAGGUGGGGGACCAGCUGAAGGAGAAGUACGACAGCGCGGCCGCCAUGCGCGUCACCCGCAAAGGCAAGCUGGAGCUGGUCAACAGCCGCUUCAACCAGCCCACGCCAGAGGACCUGGUCUACGUGGACCCCAGCCCCGACUACUGUCUUCGCAACGAGAGCACAGGCUCGCUGGGCACCCAGGGCCGCCUGUGCAACAAGACGUCCGAGGGCAUGGACGGCUGCGAACUCAUGUGCUGCGGCCGCGGCUACGACCAGUUCAAGAGUGUCCAGGUAGAGCGCUGCCACUGCAAGUUCCACUGGUGCUGCUUUGUCAAGUGCAAGAAGUGCACCGAGAUUGUCGACCAGUAUGUCUGUAAAUAGCCAGGGGCCACUCCCCUGGCCCUCUCCUCCGCUCUGCCUCACAAAAGUCUAUAUUAUAUAAAUCUAUAUAAGCCUAUUAUAUAUUUGUAUAAAUGAAUGGAUGGAUGCUAAAUAAUUAAAAGGUGAAAAUGGAAAGGAAAAUCUUAUUUAAGAGAUGCUGGAGAUCUUUGAGGACUGGACUUUGCUGGUUCCUUACUCCCAGGGCUUGUUCUUUCCCUCUAGUGAGGACUCCCAGGACGUAGGGAUUUGGAAAUAUUUGCUAUCUGUCUACCAUGGCCUUGGAAGAGAGGUUGUGGUUAGCUGGAGGAAAUGAUUUUGCCUGGAAGUCUGAAGUCUCUGUCGGUUGGAUGACUGCUUGUGACCCCAGCCACUAGGCCAGCAGGCCCUGUGGAAGGAAGGUGGCGAGAACUCAGGUUCAACCUUGAUGUCUCCAGGGUCUUGCCCAGAAUAUAGACUGGUGCGGUAGGAGCCCAGGGCUUUCCUGCUCUUUCAUGCAUGUGUGGAACCCAGUCACCAGGAUGGCUUCUCCCCGCGUGGGUGGAGAGGUCCCAUGUUGUCUCCCACCUGCCAGCACACAGGGACCUGCACCUCCCUGGACUCCUGGGCCUGUCUUUCCAGUGAGAAUUCUUCCUCUUCCGCAGCUCACUAGCUCCUGCCGCAAGGUCCCUGCGCGGAGAGCGAGGGGCCGUCGUGGAAAGACGUGAGCUGUCGGGAAAGACAUGAGCUGAGUGUGUGUGCCUGGGCUGCGGGGACGCCGCCUGCCCACACGCAGGGAGAGGAAGCUCGCCUGCUGCUGCUGUCACUCUCCCGCCAAGGGCUUCCCGAACCCCAGGACGGGUGCAGGCCAGGCCUGCCGUGCUCUCUUCAUCUCUGCCCCAGGUGUUAGUUUCUCUCUGACAUUAAACACCCUUCACAGA